CGUUUAUUUCUAAUAAGAACUCCCAUCUGUAGCUUUGUGGCUAGCUUGGCAGUAGGUUGUUUUCCUGAUAGCCGCCUGGGGUUCCCACUCGUCACUGCUGAACUCCGUCACUGCAAAAUCGAUCACCACAGCGGCUCAUCAGACGGAAAAUGGACCAGCAGGACCAGUCCUAUAUGUUUGCCAGCCUCACACGGCCACAUUCGGAACAGUUGCUGCAAGGCCUCCAGCUGUUGCGGCAGGAUCAUGAACUAUGUGAUAUUGUGCUCCGGGUGGGUGAUGCCAAGAUCCAUGCCCACAAAGUGGUGCUGGCCAGCAUCAGUCCUUACUUCAAGGCCAUGUUCACAGGUAACCUGUCAGAAAAAGAAACGGCUGAGGUUGAAUUCCAGUGUAUUGAUGAAACUGCCUUGCAGGCCAUUGUCGAGUAUGCUUACACUGGCACAGUGUUCAUCUCUCAGGAAACAGUAGAAUCCUUGCUACCAGCAGCCAACUUACUCCAGGUCAAGCUUGUACUAAAAGAGUGUUGCUCGUUCUUGGAGAGCCAACUGGAUGCUGGCAACUGUAUCGGCAUCUCCCGCUUUGCAGAGACAUAUGGCUGUCAUGACUUGUGCCUGGCUGCAACCAAGUUCAUCUGUGAGAACUUUGAGGAAGUCUGUCAGACAGAGGAGUUUUUUGAACUAACAAGAGCAGAGUUGGAUGAAAUUUUGUCCAAUGACUGCCUCAAAGUUGUAACUGAGGAAACUGUAUUUUAUGCCCUGGAGUCAUGGAUUAAAUAUGAUGUUACAGAACGACAGCAGCAUUUGGCUCAGCUUCUACAUUGCGUACGCCUUCCACUCCUCAGCGUCAAGUUCCUCACUCGUCUAUAUGAAGCCAACCAUCUUAUACGGGAUGACCACGCAUGCAAGCACUUGCUAAACGAGGCCCUCAAAUAUCAUUUUAUGCCUGAACAUAGACUCUCCUAUCAGACUGUGUUGUCGGCACGACCAAGAUGUGCGCCAAAGGUACUGCUGGCAGUAGGAGGCAAGGCUGGACUCUUUGCUACAUUAGAGAGCAUGGAAAUGUAUUUCCCUCAGACUGAUUCGUGGAUAGGACUUGCACCUCUGAGUGUUCCCAGAUAUGAAUUUGGAGUCGCUGUGCUUGACCACAAGGUGUACGUGGUAGGCGGCAUUGCCUCACACAUGAGACAGGGCAUUAGCUACAGGAAGCACGAGAGCACAGUGGAGAGUUGGGACCCCGAAAGUAACACCUGGUCUUCAGUAGAGCAUAUGGCCGAGUGUCGCAGCACGCUUGGGGUGGUGGUUCUGGCUGGAGAGCUGUAUGCACUGGGAGGAUAUGAUGGCCAAUAUUAUCUGCAGUCAGGGGAAAAGUAUGUCCCCAAACUGAAGGAGUGGCAGCCUGUGGCACCUAUGACAAAAUCUCGGAGCUGUUUUGCCACCGCUGUGCUGGAUGGCAUGGUGUAUGCCAUUGGAGGAUAUGGACCAGCUCAUAUGAACAGUGUGGAGCGGUAUGAUCCUAGCAAAGAUAUAUGGGAAAUGGUAGCCCCCAUGGCAGACAAGAGGAUAAAUUUUGGUGUGGGUGUCAUGCUUGGAUUCAUAUUUGUGGUUGGCGGACACAAUGGAGUCUCUCACCUGUCCAGCAUUGAGCGUUAUGAUCCACACCAAAACCAGUGGACUGCCUGUCGACCAAUGAAUGAUCCACGCACUGGUGUGGCCUCUGCUAUAGUGGACAAUUACCUGUAUGUUGUAGGAGGUCAUUCAGGAUCAUCUUACCUGAACACUGUCCAGCGGUAUGAUCCCAUCUCAGACAGCUGGUUGGACUCCAGUGGCAUGAUUUAUUGCCGCUGUAACUUUGGUCUGACUUCCCUUUGACCCAUGGCCCAGCGAGCUAGCACCCAAUGAGUCAAAUUGAACACAAAGAUGUUUCUUUUCACCCCUCGUUGAGUCCUUUUCAGCCCCCACAUCCUUUUCAUCCUCCAGUCGCAAAGGAUUGCCAAACACCAGCAUAAGCAUGGGUGGACAAGGAGCCUGCUGGUCUGCUUGGUGGCUGGAUGGAUGGAUUGCUUGAUGUGAUAGGCCAGUUUGCGCUGGCUGGCAAAAAAGGUGUUAGGGAUGUGACGGAAGAGAAGAUCAAGAUCUGCUUUCUUGUACGGCCUUGAGGAGACGUUUGCUGGCGUACAAUGAAGACAAGCAGCCAUCUCCCAGAGGAUUAUGGGGAUAGGAAUUGUCACUAUUUGUUUCACAUUUCAGUUACUUUGGCAAACUUUUCCCCCAUUUUUUUUCUAAUUUCCUCUGCUGCAACAAGGACCAAGUGUUCAAACUGUUGUAGAACACUAGUUUGUGUAUCUGUAGUUGUAUGAAUGUUUGUUGGCCACGUACGUGUGUCUGUGUGUAUGCUUAAGGGUAUUUGCAUGUUGGAUAGGAUUGUUUUGGUUUGUUGUCUGCAUGCAGAACAGAUGCUCGUGCUUGCUGACGCGAGGUUCUGCAUCACAAAAUGUGCUUCACAAAAAUAGGAAUUUAAAUCUUUAUAUUUUCUCAACAAGGGCUGCGUUUCUCACUUGUAAAUAGUCAAAAUUAAAUAUAUACUGUAGAUAUGAAUAUAUCCUUAGUGCAAUGCCUGUAAAUGUUUUGUCACACUGGGUCACGUGUAUGAAGAGGUGUCUUCAUUCUCUGUUCUCAUUCCUCUUGCAUCUUUUAAGGCACUUUUUGCUCUUGCUUCUCUUCGUUUUGUUGAAUCUGACCCUCUGUGCACCCUUUGGUCUGUCUGCAAUGCCAGCUGGUGCUAUAUUUAGGAUUCAAUGCGGGUCUAUGUUGCCUCGCACAACUGGGUCAACCUGUGUUUGCUCCUCAACUGUCUUAGGUGUUCAUCUGUCAAAGCACAUGUAUCUAGCCAUAUGUAGAGCACUCGAAGAGAAACCCACACGUCACCUUAUUUAAUAUUUUUGUAAAACAGGCAGUGUGCUUUUUUUUUUUUUAAAUUAUUAUUUAUUUAUCCAUAGUAAACACUUUCAUUUUACCAGCUGCAGGUUUAAAGGCCUUCCCCAUUCAAGCAAAACUUUGGUCACAAAUGAAUCCCAAAGCAUCUUUCACGAUCCAAUUUCAGCCAUCGGUGCUCACGUGCCACAACUUCUGUUUUUUGUUUUUUUUCUUUCUCCCCCUUCACUUUGGCAUUACUACAUCCUGUCAGGCUGUCAUACAGCUAUUUAAAGGUGUUUUCACCAACAGACAUGCCCUUCACAGCAAUGGAAGUGUUGUCUUUAAGUGUAGUUGGCAUACUUUGCACUUAGCAAACAAGCCCUUUGAUAGAUAUUGUAAGAUAUGCAUUUAGGAUUAUAGCAUUUACAUCAUGCAAUAAGACUUUUGUUAUUUGGUUAUGUGUGUCCUUAAAAAGCCAAGGCAAUUUUGGUAUUGGCAUAACGCAGCAUAAACACCCGUGGCCGCUAAUGUCUUGCUAAAUGCCACUCAUUUAUGUAGGCUUCAUUUUGAUGCACAUGCUUGGUCAUUCCAUUUGUGUUUUGUUUUUAGGUACAGGUAAAUUAGAAAAGACUGUUCCAGGUAUACAAAAAAAAGCCACUUAAGAUUCUUUUUUUUUUUUUUUUUUGUCACUACCUUUAACGUGCAAUGAGAUGCUUUCUUCCCCUUUAUCCUUGAUAUGCUAAAAUUUACCAUUCCCCUGAACUAUUAAAAUGACACUUUAAGUUUCACCUUACAAAUUGAUAUGAUUGUAAACGGGACACUUUUCACUUUACACAUAAUGACCCGAUAAUGUUUGACAGGUAUAGAAAGAUGUGAAUUGUUGUAUUUAUGAUUAUAUUUUGGUUUCAUGUCCUGUAAACAUGUCAUUUUUUGUCAACCUUCCAGAAUGAUCAGUACAAAUCAUGCAGGCGUGAUUGUGCUGCCGCCAUCAUGUCUGUAAAAUACGAUAUUUUUUGUUUAUUUUUAAGUGUAUCUACGCUUCUUUUAAAGGCAGGCUAAAUGUAAAUCUGCAAACGUGAAUCUGCAAAAAGAAAAGGAUGUUAAACCUGAGUUUGUACACUUGUGGCCUAAUUAAUGUCAUUGCCACCACUCUCACCAAAGUGCUUGUUCAAAGAAAUCCAGUGGACGACACUCAUUCCUUUCUGUUUGAAAGAAGAACCCUUUUAAACUGAAGUGUUAGCCAAAUGACCCCUUCUCCCUUCCUCCCCCAUGAUCCAUUGUGCGUCUGGAGAUGAUGUUGAAUUUAAAUAUCCUGUGGAUUAAUACUGGAAAUACCAGCUAACCCUAGCAACAGUAGCCUUCCACUUUUGAUUGAAAUCAUUUUACAUACAUUGUAGACAGUCUGUGAGGUGGGGAUGUACGCAGUUUUAAAAUAAAUGCCUGCCUUAAAAGGUACAGUCUCGUUUUUUU